GCCGGCCGCGCGGGGUUGCCGUUUCCAGAUAUAGAAUACAUGAACCCAAAACGUAUACGGUCACGACGCAGCCUGCCAGCCCACCACCCCACCCCACGCGUCCACUCGGCAUCCUAUGCGCCAGACACCCAACUUGCUGCAUGCGCGCACACGUAGCUUGCGACGUGUCGAACUGCCGACCCCAACACGUUGAUCUCACACAGCGACACACAACUCUAUAAAAAGCCAAGACGGCCUCGGCUUUGUCCCAUCUCGAUUCUGUAGCUGUGAAGUUUGACAACUGAGCUCAGCAAAGUUAUCCAAAAUUUAAGAGUGACGCACAAAGCCAGAGAGAGAGAGAGCAAUGGCGCACUACCAGCAGGGGCAGCCGACCACCCGCGCCGUCGACGAGUACGGCAACCCGAUUCCUGGUGGCCACGGUAUUCAGGGGCAGGCCGGCGGGUACGGCACCACGGGCACCGCCGGCGGCUACGACGCCGGGGGAUACGGCGGCCAGCAGGCCGGGUAUGGCCCCACCGGCACCGGUACGCACGACGUCGGGGGCUAUGGCGGCGCUGGUCAGCCAGGUUUCGGAAUGCACGGCACCGGUGGGCACACCGGCGGCGUGCCCGGAGCCACGGGGAUGGGGACCCAUGGCACCGGUCACGGCGCACAAGGAGUGACUGGAACCCACGGCGCCGCGUUCCCUCACGGAGCUGAGCACAAGACGGGCGGAAUCCUCCGCCGCUCCGGCAGCUCCUCCAGCUCCAGCUCGUCAUCUGAGGAUGACGGGAUGGGCGGUCGAAGGAAGAAGGGCCUCAAGGAGAAGAUCAAGGAGAAAAUGCCCGGAGGGCACAAGGACAACCAGGGCCAGCACGCGACGGCCCCCGGAGCGUACGGCGGCACGACAGGGUAUGCUGGGUCGACCGGCACCGGCGCCACCGGUGAGAAUAAGGGCAUGAUGGAGAAGAUCAAGGAGAAGCUCCCGGGCGGCCACAAGGACGGCGACCGGCACCACACCACGGCGACCGGCGGUUACGGGCCCGGCCGCACGGGAACCACCGACACAUACGGGACGACCACGGAGGGGACGCACGAGAAGAAGGGCUUCAUGGAUAAGAUCAAGGAGAAGCUCCCCGGCCAGCACUGAGCAAGAUCCCACUCGCCUCCCAAGUUUGUCGUGUGAAGUACAGAAUAAAAUUGACCAAGAAUAAAGCGGCAGCUCUGUCUGUACUGGUAUAUAUAUGUGUGUCUGCGCUGUACCUAGCUACCUUGAAUUUCCUUGUUCUGAGUAAAAUCUUGUACGUGUGUAGUUCUUAGUGUGUUUAUUUCCGAUGUGAUCUUGUGAAAAAUAAAAUUGUGUCCUUCCAUGGUAAAAA